UCCACACACACACACACACACACACCCUUCUGUUCACCUCUCUCUGGAAAACUCGGUCAUUUUGGAGUCCGCUCGAGCUCAACAACAUGGCAUCAAAAUGCUCAGGAUGUGGGCCAGGAUACAAAAGCCCUCUUGAUGCUAUGAAAGGGCCUCGAGAAGAGAUUGUUUACGUGCCCUGCAUUUACCGCAACACUGAAGUCCAAAAACCUGAUUACCUGGCAACAGUAAAUGUUGAUCCUAAAUCCCCCAAUUAUUGCAAGGUGAUUCACAGGCUGCCCAUGCCCAACGUGAAUGAUGAGCUGCACCACUCAGGCUGGAAUGCUUGCAGCAGCUGUUUUGAUGACCCCUCCAAAAAGCGUAAUCGGCUCAUUUUACCAUCUCUCAUCUCCUCCCGUGUCUACGUAAUUGAUGUGGGCACAGACCCCCAUGCCCCACGAAUUCACAAGACAGUAGAACCUGUCGACAUGUUUUGGAAAUGCGACUUGGCCAAUCCUCAUACAUCUCACUGCCUGGGCAGUGGCCAAAUUAUGAUCAGUACCCUGGGUGACCCAUCAGGAAAUGGCAAAGGUGGGUUUGUGUUGCUGGAUGGUGAGACAUUUGAAUUAAUUGGCAACUGGGAGUUACCUGGUGAAGCACGACCCUUUGGCUAUGACUUCUGGUACCAACCACGCCAUAACGUCAUGAUAAGCACUGAAUGGGGAGCACCAAAAAGGCUCGCAAAUGGCUUCAAUCCUGCAGAUCUUGAAGCUGGUCAUUAUGGGCAGUGCCUCCAUGUGUGGGACUGGAACACUCACAAGCACAUCCAGACUCUGGAUCUGGGAGAAGAGGGUGCAAUACCUCUAGAGAUCCGUUUCCUGCAUGAUCCUGCAGCAGCGGAAGGCUACGUGGGCUGUGCACUGCAGGGAACAGUCUUCCGCUUCUAUAAAACUCAGAAAGGAGAUUGGGCUGCAGAGAGAGUAAUCAAGGUUCCUGUUAAAAAAGUAGAGGGGUGGAUCCUGCCUGAGAUGUCAGGUCUCAUUACUGACAUUUUAAUCUCGCUGGACGAUCGCUUCCUGUACUUCAGCAACUGGUUGCAUGGUGACGUUCGACAGUAUGACAUCACUGACAGGAGAAAUCCCCAUAUGGUGGGCCAGGUCUUUCUUGGAGGCAGUAUUCAAAAUGAUGGCCCUGUCAAGGUAUUGGAGGACUCUGAGCUGGACAGUCAACCAUCUCCAAGGAUUGUGAAGGGUAAGCGGAUAAAAGGAAGUCCACAGAUGCUGCAGCUGAGCCUGGAUGGCAAACGGCUCUACGUAACCACAUCUCUGUACAGUGCGUGGGACAAGCAGUUCUACCCUGAGCUCAUCAAGUACGGCUCAGUAAUGAUGCAGAUUGACGUUGACACAGUGAAGGGUGGCUUGAGGCUCAAUGAAAACUUCUUGGUGGAUUUUGGAGCAGAGCCUGAGGGUCCUGCACUUGCCCAUGAGGUCCGAUACCCUGGAGGCGACUGCACCUCUGACAUCUGGCUGUGAAGCAGCUGCUCACACACUUAUUCCUCUCACAUUUGCUUAUAUUACUGUCUUUUUCGUUUUUCCAAUAUCAAAAGAUGACUGGUAAAAUAUGAAUUGCAGCAUUCGUUAAUGUGUACUGUGGAUUCAGUAAGUACUCAGACCCCUUAGAUUUUUGGGGGAUUUGAUUUUGAAGUAGUAUAAUUGACAUUUCAUCAGUUUACACUUAAUCUCUUCUAAUGACAAGUAUGAAUUCUUCACAUUUAAAAAAAACAGCAAAAAUUAUCCACUCCAAAAUAAAAGUCAUAACAAGAUAAAUACAUGGUAUUAAAACCUAAAAUAGCAAAUAAGAGUAGAGAAUAAAAAUGUAAAUAAUUUAAAUAAUAAAACAAAGUUCCUUUCCUGUAUUAAUAGAUCUGCAACUGGUCCCCAUCAUUUUAAAAACGAAAACUGAAAAAUGAAUUUGCAAUUUUGCUGUAACAUCCUGUUUGCUUUGUUUGCUGUAAUCAUCUUUAAGGUGUGUCUAAAGCUCAAUAGAUGUCCACCCAAAGCAAUUUAUAUUGAUUGAUCAUCAAUAUAAAGUGGAAAGGCACACCCCUGAAUAGAUCCAAAAGGAUCCACAUGUUACACUGGUGUGUCAGGUGAAGUUAAAGGAACUUACAGUAGAUUUUCUUAAUGAGCUUAUAGCAAGACAUAGAUCAGGGCAAGGAUAUAAAGCAAUAUAUAAAGCUUUGAGUGUUCCCAGUCAGUAGUAGAGGCAGGCGAUAUGGCCUUAAAAUAAUAUCAUGAUAUUUCACGGUAUUUUCAUGAUAACGAUACUCUUGGCGAUAUGACAAAACAAUAAAUUCUAAAAGAAACGUGGGCGUAACGUGAAAUAAACCAAUCAGUGUGUCACUAUCCAUCCCCUUUAAGACACAGCUGUGCACUGACUUCUGUUCAUUCCUAUUUAAAGAGUGCAUAGGAAACUGCGCCGUCACGCUGUGAAGAUACACCUGCAGCUUAGGGAAGAGUAAAGUUAUUCUUUAUUCUGUUUAUUGUUUAUGUAAAAACUGGGUUUGCAACACUGAAUAUUAAUCAAGCAAUAGAUUAUUUACACUGAAGGAAAAAUGUGACAUUUUAAAAAGAUCAUACAAAUUUACAUAAAAAGGAAAUAAUUUAUAUCUUAUGAAGAAAAAACUAGUAGCAGUGAGAGUAAAGUAAAAUGAUAAGAAUGAUAAGAGAUUAUCAAAUUUAUAUCAAUAAACUAAGAACAUGGGAAUCAUUGGGGGAAAAAAUAUAUAUAAUAAAUAUAUAUACUAUUUGAUCAAUAAAAGGAUAAAAAUAAAUAAAAAUAAAAUAUAAACUCAUUAAAAAACUCCUUUAAAACAAUCACAGGCUUUCUGCACAGAAUAAUAAAUGUUUUAGUUAGUUUCAGUUUCAAAUCAUGAAAACAUCUCACCAAAACCUCUUUAUAUUUGACAAUAUUUGACUAACUUACAGAUCCUUACUCAUUUUUAUUUAACUGAACUGAAAGAGAGCGAGAGAAAGAGAAAGAGAGAGAAGCACAGCGCAUUUUGCAUGAUUUCUAGCUAUGUGAGUUUAAUAACAUGAAUUUUACUAUACUUGUCCGACCUUAUUUAUUAAAACGUUUUUAUUUUUUUUAGAAGACAGAGGUUAUUCUGCGCGCAAUGCCGUGCACGCUGUGCCAAGCUCCACUUUGCGUGUCUGUGAAAUUUUAGAGCACUGGAGAAGAUUUAAAUUAAUAAAUUCAUAUAUUUAAUAUUUUAAUACAUUUGCCCUGGUGAUAAGAAAUGAAUGCUAACUUAUAGCUUUAUAUUUUUGUGUAUUUCAAAUGUUUUAAGUUUUAUAUAAUUGACGGGCAGCACCACACGCCUGGGUGACAACGUGCUUUAUUUUUCAGAUAUAAAAAUGAAGUUCAGUUAAAUAAUAGCAAAGUUAAAUAAAAUAAAUUUAUGUUCAGUCAACGUCCUUUGGGGGAUCAAUCGCGCAAUCCGUUUUUCCACCACCAAGAUAGAAACAUGCCAGAAAUUUACCUGAACACAUGUAAUUUUCAGACCACCAACGCCCAUCGGCGUUAAUAUAUUCUAAAAGUCCAUUGCUAUUGUGAGGACGCUUGUGCAAGGCGUAAAAAAAUAGACUGUUGACGGGGUGUACGAUGGCAACGCGCCAUGCUACAUGCCUUGCGCGGGGUGUUAGAUAGGGCCUAUGGACAUUAAUUCAGAGAAACAUGGUGGCGGUAGCAUCAAGCUAUGCAGGUGCUUUUUAAUAUCAAAAAGGGGGGGGAGCAUUGUUCAAAAUGCACGCAAAAUCACACUGCGACACCUUUUAACACAACAAUGAGUUGAAAUAUGCAAUCAAAGUUCUGUUAGAGUUCUUGUAGCUGUUAGUUGUGCCAGUGAUGUUUAAGGGAUAUAAAUAACAAUUAUAUUUACUCAAAAUCAAAUUCAUCGACAUCACAAAUUGAAGAAAAUGUGUCUGUAUAAUUUCUGAAUCUUCGAGCAUGAAGGGUCCAUGUUGUAAUAACCUGUUUUGCAAUAAGAAGAUGCAAAUGUAUUUUUGUAAAACUACAUUUUUGUGUACUAAAAGAAACAACAGUUAUUACUUUUGUUAUGAACUUUUCAGUAAAUAAAAUUAAGCUACCAAAA